AUGGCGAAUUUAGAUGCUAGUGCAGUUGCUCCCGAAGAUCGCGUGCGGUUUUAUAAGCUCAAGGUACAGUCGGUGUUUGAACGCGUAAAAAAGCUACAAUCCAAGGUCGAUUCAGAUGCUCUUGCCGAUCACAGUGACAGCACUCUAAAUGUUCUACUGGAGCAUAUCGACAAGCUAAGUCACUCCUUUAGCAAGGCCCAUGAAAGUCUAGAGGAGCUCGACUUUACUGAGAUGUCCAGCAAUUUGCGCACUGACUUUGAUGAUUUAAUAAUGGUCAUGCAGUCAACAAUAAUGUCCGAAGUGCAAAGUCGUACUGCUCAAGUGCAUCAUAGUUCCACGUUUAGUCGUCCAAGUGACCCUCCUCGCGCAUCCGCUCCCAGAUUGCAGGCUGCACCUGCGUUGCCGCCAUUAAAGUUACCUACGUUCAGCGGUGGAUAUGCUAAUUGGGCUGAUUUCUACUCAAUGUUUUCUACAAUCAUUGAAAGUCGGCCAGAAAUCAGCAAUAUGGAAAGACUUCAGCACCUCCGGUCCUGCCUCGAUGGCGCAGCGUUGGAUACGGCCCACAUCGUAAAGAUCUUAGGUCUCAAAAGAGUAGAAAACGGAUCCAUAAUCAAGCUGCGUGAGCUAUCUGACAGCUUCAAUGUCCAUAUGCGUGCGCUCAGUAGUCUGGGCACAACAGAGCAGAUAGCCAGUGCCAUGAUUGCUCAGAUACUGCUACAGAAGCUUGAUGAGGCCUCACAAGCUAAAUGGGAAGAGAAAUUGGACAACUCAGAGACGGCUCUUCAGAUACCCAGAUAUGAAGAAGUCUCCUCAUUUCUUGAGCUUCGUUGCCGUACUUUGGAAUCGAUGAAAUUUGCUCUUACAAACUAUUCGUCAAGUAAGCCGAUGAAUUCUUGCAGUAAGGUUGCUACCAGUAGAUCAGCAUUUCUCGUAACCGGCCACAGUACUCACAGUUGCAAUUUUUGUAAUGAUCUUGAGCACACAAUCUACAAAUGCCCAAGAUUCGCAAACUUGUCUCCUAGUCUUCACCUGAAUGAGGUCCGAAAGGCUGGCUUAUGUUUGAAUUGUCUCAAGGGAGGUCAUCAGUCGCGACAAUGUGGCUCGCGCAGUUGUCGGGUCUGUGGAGUCAAGCAUCAGUCAAGCUUCUUCAUCUCGGCCACUCCAGCACAUCGCAGGCAGCAAUUCCGCCCCAUCAACAAUCUUCAACAUCAAGAGUACAGACCAUCCCUCAGCCCUCAGCACCAGCCACUACUCUCUUAUCCAAGGAUCGGCACAGCGAUGUUGUGCUCCUGGCUACCGCAGUGGUUCUGGCAAGGAAUCGCCAGAUUUGCGAAUCUCCUGCAACUUAAGAGAACAAAAUCGGUGGCAUCUGUAUGCGGCGUAGGCGACUCCAAUGUUGCCAUGGAUGGCAGCAGCAUUUGCCUCACUCUUCAAGCUCAUGCAUCUGAAUAUACAACUAGCAUAACGGCUAUGGUAGCUACAAAUAUAACUGGCAGGCAGCCCAGUUCUAAUGUGAAUACGAGCAAUUGGAGCAUACCGCAAAAUAUAGUGCUGGCAGAUCCAGCUUUCCAUAGGCCGCAACGAGUAGAUCUGCUUAUCGGAGCUAGCCUGUUUUAUGAUUUGCUCUGUGUGGGACAAAUCAAGUUGAUGCCUGGACUUCCAUUGUUACAGAAGACUCGUCUUGGUUGGGUUGUAUCAGGUGGCGAGGCUCGCAACCACAACUCCGUGCUAAUAGCUUCAAAGACGCCUUUGGAUCCGAUUACAGACUCCUGUGCUGAUAUCAAGUUGGACAGUCUCGUUCGUCGCUUUUGGGAAGUUGAGCGCUGCAGCGAUUCCAUUGUAAAGUUCAGCAAGGAAGACUCAGACUGCGAAGCGCAUUUUGCGAGGCAUUACAAUCGAUUGGCUAGUGGCCAAUAUACAGUACGCCUGCCUGUUAAGCUUAGUUGUGAGCUUCUUGGAGAUUCUUAUGAGCAAGCGCGACAUCGGUUUCUCAAUUUGGAGAAGAAAUUGAGUCAUAUUUUCUUCCUCAUCACUGCGUUCUGA